AGCUGCUACACUACUUUCGAUCCUGUUUUGUCUUACUACUCUCACUCUCACCGACAAUACGCAUAGUACGGUCCGCCAUUUAUAAACACAAGAUGUCACAAACAGCUCGCCGAUUCGCUCAGAUCGUCAAACUGAAGCCUCAACACCUUGCUGAGUACAAGGAAGUCCACGCUAGAGUCUGGCCCGACGUCCUCAAGCAGAUCCAAGAGUGCAAUAUUCGAGACUACAGCAUUUUCUACGAUGAUCAGAGCCACAUUCUCUUCGCCUCGUUCAAAUACAUCGGCUCGGACUACAGCUGCGACAUGGAGAAGAUGGCAAAGAACCCCCGUGUGAGGGAAUGGUGGAAGAUGACAGACGCCUGGCAGGAGAGUCUUGUGCCUGGUGCAGUGAGCUCUGAGGCCGGCGAGCCUUCUUGGUGGAAGCCAGUUGAGGAGGUCUUUUAUCAGCCUUAAGGUGAAUAGAAUGCAACAUAAAAUUCAG